GAAACUGCGUGCGCAACCGUCGACAUCUUUGAAACUCGGAGGAGGUGUGUGCAGACGCCGCCGGUGUACGAGUCUUUAAAAGAAAUUACUUUGAUUUAGUUAGUUUUGUGAAAUAAAUUAAGCACCCCGAGCAUGGCGAACCGAAAUAUGCAACAAACGAACAUGAUAAGUAGCAAUUCUCCUCAGGCGGCUAAACGCGGCACCGACUCCCCGGCCGCGGAGCAGACACCGGCCAACAAAGACAGUCCAGCCCCGCCGCCUCAGCAGUCUCCUGCGGCAGAACAGCCUGAAGGAACCGGGGAAGGAAGCAGCGAAGCUCCGGCAGAAAUGACUCUGGACAUUACGAGCUUUAGGAAGCCCGGCGAGAAGACGUUUACCCAACGGUCCAGGCUGUUUGUCGGAAGUCUCCCGGUGGAUAUCACCGAGGAGGAGUUCAAGAACAUGUUUGCUAAAUACGGAGACGUUAACGAGGUGUUUAUCAACAGAGACCGGGGCUUCGGCUUCAUCCGUCUGGAAACCCGGACGCUGGCAGAGAUCGCUAAAGCCGAGCUGGAUGGGACUAUGCUGAAUAAUCGACCUGUCAGAGUUCGCUUUGCCACACAUGGUGCUGCACUCAAAGUGCGCAAUCUGUUGCCUGCAGUAACAAAUGAACUGCUGGAACAGGCGUUUUCUCAGUUCGGACCAGUGGAACGGGCUGUUGUUGUGGCAGAUGACCGUGGUCGUCCCACUGGGAGAGGCAUUGUGGAGUUUGCAAACAAAGUAGCUGCUCGUAAAGCCCUGGAGCGCUGCACUGAGGGAGCGCUGCUGCUCACCACCACACCUUGUCCAGCAAUUGUGGAGCCCUCAGAGCAGUUUGAUGAUGAGGAUGGGCUGCCGGAAAAAUUGCUGCAGAAAACUCCUAAAUACUAUAAGGAAAGAGAGCAGCCGCCACGUUUUGCCCAACCGGGGACAUUUGAAUUUGAAUACUCGUCUCGCUGGAAAGCUCUCGAUGAGAUGGAGAAACAGCAACGAGAGCAGGUGGACAAGAACAUUAAAGAGGCCAAAGAGAAAUUAGAGGCAGAGCUGGAGUCGGCAAAACAUGAACAUCAACUCAUGUUAAUGCGACAAGAUCUAAUGAGACGUCAGGAGGAGUUGAGGAGACUGGAGGAGCUUCGGAACCAGGAGCUGCAGAGACGAAAGCAGAUGGAGAUGAGACACGAGGAGGAGAGGAGGAGGAGAGAGGAGGAGAUAAUGAGACACAGAGAGCAGGAGGACCUGAGGCGCCAACCAGAAGGCUUCAAACAAAACUACAUGGAAAAUAGAGAACAGGAAAUGAGAGUGGGUGAUCUGGGCCCUCGUGGAGCCAUUAAUAUGGGAGAUGGCUUUAACCAGGCCUCUGCCGGGCCCAGUGCUAACCAGGGUCAAAUGAUGGGCAUGAGUGGAAGGGGAGGAGCCAUUGGCCCAGAGGGAACAGCAAAUAUGGGGACACCAUUGAUGGCAGAGAAUGGAGCCAUGCGAACUGAUAGAUACUUGCAGGGUGGAUCAGUGGGCGGCCGACCAGAGGUUGAGUCCCCUAAACAACAACAACAACAGCAGCAACAACAGCAACAACAGCAGCAGCCACCAUUGGGCCCCCAAGUUGGAGCAGCUCCAGGAUUUGGCAGGGGCAAUCCAGUAGGGGGCAUCUUUGAUGGGCCAAAUAACAAACGCCGGAGAUACUAACUUGUCACGGUUCUCUUGGAUCUUUGUUUCCGCCCCAGACAGAUCUUUUUUUCUGUUUUUACAUUGACUCAGUCGUUGACCUACUGCCGCUCCUGUCACUUGGAUAUGUUCGCUGAAAAAUUGAUAUUUUUUUUUGUCUUGGGGGACAUUUACUUUGUGAUUGAUAAAAUUACAGAACAAUGCUUUGUAUCUAAACUUAUCUGCUGUGUUUAUGCAGAUCUUUUGCAGAAUGUUUCUCCUCUCUGUGGUCUGAAUGAAACAUUUUUGUGCGUGUGUGCUGAAUAUGGAGUGCGAAGUGUAAGAAUUCAUGUGGAGGGCGCACAACUUUGCGGUUACUAUGGUUGCUAUUGUGUGGGAUACACUUUAUUUAGCUGCUCUAAGGGAGUGUUAAGGUGGAAAAUAAAGGUUCCAUGAUUCUCAAUGCAAGAUUUGAUAGUAAUUAAAUGAAUGUACACGACAGUUCAAAUGUUUGGGGUCACCCCGGCAAUCUGAUGUUUUCCAUCAAAAGUCACACUUUUCAUGUGCUAACAUAAUUGCACAAGGGUUUUCUAAUCAUUAGUUAGCCAUUAGCUAACACAAUGUAGCAUUAGAACACAGGAGUGAUGGCUGCUGGAAAUGUUCCUCUGCACCCCUAUGGAGAUAUUCCAUUAAAAAUUUCCAGCUAGAAUAGACAUUUAGCACAUUAAAAAUGUCUAGAUUGUAUUUCUGGUUCAUUUAAUGUUAUCUUUAUUGUAAUAAAACUGCUUUUCUUUCAGAAAUAAGGACAUUUCUAUGUGACCCCAAACUUUUGAACGGUGUGUAUUUUGAUGUCAACUCUUUGUUAUAAAAAUCAAACUAUGCACACAGUGUACUCACAUUGGACUGCCAAACGCUUUGGCAGACUGGAUGCUGAUGACGGGAGUCUAAUAACAGAAGCAGAUCCCGGCUCGUGUUAUGAGCUGUUGCUAUGUUAAUCUAAACAAGUCAACGUUAGCCUCUGUGAAUGUUGUGUGAAACUUUACUACAACAGAUGUUUCAAUUCGACGAUUCACAAUAUCAGAGUUCUACGUUCAGCUUGGUUUCUGUAGACGGACAGUUAAGUUCGAGGUGUUUCCUCUUUUACUGCUCAACGACACGGUUUUCAUUUUUGGCUGAUCAUGGGACUCUAAUGCACAAUAUCUCCAUCCACAACUUGUGUUUUUCCACUAGUUGAACUGUACAACAUUUAUGGCCCCUACAUUACUGUAAAAAAAAAAACAAAAAAACAUCAUGUUCAAUGAAUUUUGACACCAGCUUUGUUCCAAGGUGUUGGUUCUUGUGAAAUCUCUUCCUCUUAGUGCUGAAAAUAGUCAAACGAUAAGCAAAUUCCUGAACCCUCCUAAAGUUCAGUCUUAGUCAUGAUACCUGGAUUUAUAAUUUCCUCCUGUUGCAUUUGACUGUAAUCUUCCCUUUCCACGUUCUCUGAGACUUUGCUAAUUAGAUGUCGAGACUGUUAGAGAGUGAAUGCUUCUGCAGCUUUGGUGCAUCCUGUACUCGAUGGUCAAGAGAAAUAAAACAUUUGUAGGACGUUG